AUGCAUGCAGCGAUGCAGUCCUUUUUGCAAUAUCGGCGGAUCUGCAAACAACUCAAGCAACAACUGGUUGUCAAGCACGAGAGCCCCGACGAGGCCUGGACUGGCGAGCGGCGCUACUCUUACCAAGGCGGCAGGAUACAAUCGGAGCCGCGCGAGCCAGACGAUGGUGAGCCGGCGACCCGCAGGCGCGAGCAUGGCCACCGCACUCGUAUCUCAGGCCCGACUCUCCAGCCGCGCCACACGACGGCCACGCACCUGGAGCCUGACGGAGACGUCGAACGGGCGGACUACGACACGCAAAUCCAGGGCGAUCCUCAGACCAUCAAUUCGGCGGAGACGCUGGGAGACACGCCUGAGAUGAUCGUGACGGGCCUGGAAAGGUGCAGGCCGGAAGCCGAUGACCCUAACGAUGUGCCUGAUGGGACCGCCAAUGGUGGCGGUAGGAAAGCCCAGCAGGAUAAAGUCGUCGUGGUCACCUUCGAGGGCGACUGUGAUCCCAUGGAUCCGCAUAAUUGGCCCAUUUUGUGCCGGUUUGGGUGCACUGUGCUGGUGGCAUUUACUGCGUCUGUCAUUCUAUGGGCGUCGACGAUCUACUCUGCUGCGCUCUCCUCCGCAAGGUGGUAUUAUGGCACUAGCUUCGAGCUCCAGAUAGUCCCGACUGCUCUAUAUCUCAUCGGCGUCGGCAUUGGCGGCGUAGUAACAGCACCUCUCUCCGAAGUCGUUGGGCGCAAUCCCGUGUAUAUUCCCUCGCUGACCCUUUUCAUCCUUUUCACGAUGGGGUCUGCAUUGUCACAAAAUAUAGCCCAGGGGAUUGUGUGCCGUGCCUUUGCCGGGUUUUUUGGGUCAGCUCCCUUGGUAUGCGCGGGCGGUUCUCUAGUCGACUUGUGGUCGCGCAUCGAGCGAAUAUACGCAUUUCCGAUCUACGCCAUUCUCACCUUCAUGGGGCCUAUUGUGUCCCCGACGCCAGGCUCCUUCGUCACGAUGGCCAAGGCCGUGAACUGGCGUUUCGUGGACUGGAUGACGAUGAUCUUCGCGGGGGUUAUACUAACACUUGUGGUGCUAUGUCUACCAGAGACAUAUAGCCCGGUCAUACUACACUGGAAAGCAAAACAACUCCGUCUUCUAACGGGCGACCCUCGAUACCGCCCACCACUAGAGUUCAAACGGGUGUCGUUCAUACUUCGGGUGGCACACGCACUCUAUCGCCCGUUCUUACUCUUCGUAACCGAACCCAUUAUCAUGAUUUUCGCCGUGUACCUCUCCAUCAUCUUCAUCAUUCUCUACACCUUCGUCGCAGGCUACGUCCACAUCUACAAAGAAAUCUACCACUUCAACACCGGCCAGACAGGCCUCGCCUUCCUCGGUAUCGCAGUCGGCAUCUGGCUCGCCGCACCGCUCGUGCCCCUCGCCAUGAAACUCCUGCGCAAAGAUAUCCUCCGCAGCCGUGCCGAGGGGAAAGACCGUCCAGGCCCCGAGAUCGGGCUAUAUAUGGCGAUGUUCGGGGCCCCCGCCGUGCCGCUCGCCCUGUUCUGGAUGGGCUGGACAGCGCGGGCCUCCAUCUCGGUGUGGUUCCCGCUUGCGUCGUCCGUAUUAUUUGGCUUUGGGGUGAUCUGUGUCUUUGUUUCGUCGUACCAGUAUAUCUCUGACGCGUUUGAGAACCAUGCUGCCAGUGCGCUGGCUUCUAUUCAGGUGUUUCGUUUUACUGCUGCCGGCGUUAUGGUGGUCGUUUCGGAGAAGAUGUAUAGACAUCUUGGUGUUGCUUGGACUUUGUCUGUAUUUGGGGCUUUGGCUACGGUCCUUUUGCCAGUGCCCUAUGUGUUGUAUCGAUGGGGGCCGGUUGUGCGCCGAUGGAGUCGGUAUGCCCGGAGCGAGGGUUGA